AUGUUGACAGACGAGGUGUCUCAGAUACAGGAGGUUCGGUACUGUCUGAAGACCUUGAGGGAACAGAUGGCCACCAGACAGAAUAACAAGGUCAGGGAGAAUUCAGAGGACAGUGCAAAGAUAAGGGACGUGAGCAAGCGCCUGUAUGCCCAGCUGAAGGAGUCAGAGAAGAGACACCAGGAGGAGAGAGACAGAAUGCAGGCUGAAAGCGAUGAGUUCAGCCGGCGCCUGGACGAGCAGUCGAAGCACCUGCAGUGGGUGGAGAGGGAGGUGGGGGAGCGAGGUCAGAAGGUGGAGGAGUUGCAGAGGCUGCUGGGGGGCAUGGAGCUGGAGGGUGCUGUCCUGAGGGGCAAAAUAGCCACCAGUGAGGCUGAACUGCUGCAGCUGAGAGCAGCCCAGGGGGGGGUGCAGGAGAAAAAGCAGAGAACUGAGGAGCUGGAGAAGGAGCUGGCUGUCCUGAAGGAGAAAAUCCAUCACCUGGACGACAUGCUGAAGAGCCAGCAGAGGAAGGUCCGCCACAUGAUCGAACAGCUGCAGAACUCACGGACAGUAAUACAGGAGAGAGAGAGAGUGAUCAGGGAUCUAGAGGAGAAGGUGGCUUUUCUGGAAGCUGAGAACACAGAGAUGCGUGACCAGAUAGAGUACUUCCAGGAGGGUCAGAAGCCUGCUUCUCCGCCCACCAAAGAAUGCAAACCCAAUCCCCAGAUUAUCUACAGGUGA